AUGUACGAGGUGUAUAAUACGAGCAAAAUCUACAACCAUAUCCAGCUUCCACAUUCAAAGCCACCAUUCCCAGAACACAAAGCUAGCCUUCAACAACUCAGAGUUCCAGAACUGGCAAACCCUAAAGAAUGUGGCCUUGGGGGAGAAGCAAAUGGAGACGUAGAGUCUCGCAACAAGAGAGCCGUCAAGUCUCUCUACGACGCCUUCAACUCCAAAGACGUUGACGUAGUUCACCUCCUCCUCGCGCCCUACCUAGAGUGGUGGUUCCACGGCCCCCCAACUCACCAGCAUUUGAACCGCCUCCUCACCGGCGCACCGCCCUACGACUCGUCGUUUAAAUUCGCUCCGCUGUCGAUUGUUGCGUUCGGAUCAAUGGUGGUGGCUGAGGGAUACGACGAGGGUCGUUCAGUGUCGUGGGUGCAUGCGUGGACUGUCACUGAUGGGAUAAUUACCCAGGUGAGGGAGUACUACAACACGUCGGUCACUGUUACCAGGUUAUAUUCACCGGAAAUCACAUCGCCGUCGGGUAGUUGCCAGAAUGUUUGGGAGAGUAAGCUCUCUGAUAAUAAGUCUGUACCUGGCCUCGUAUUGGCUCUAUAGCUAGCUAGUAGUUGAUGCUAGCCGUUUCUAAUUAAUAAAUUAAACUCUUAUGAUAACAAA